CGUUCGGUAAAUCAGUCUAAAACAGGCUUCAUCCCGAACGCCAGCAUCAAUCCUAUCUUCUUCUCCCCUUGCUCCACCGCUCAGAGCACACUGCUCUGUCUCCGCCACGCAAUACAGAGAGGAGUGGCCUUCGCCGGCGACGAGGCUCCUCCCUGACCAGAUCCCGCCACAGUCGCGGCGGCAGGGGUCGAGGACGACGACCACGAGGGAUCCGCGGAGGGGGCCAGGGAUUUGGCGUUCGCUACAGCCGAGCACCAGGUACUGCCGUGCUACGACUCAGCUCCUCGCCGACCGGAGCGAGGUGCCGUCGCGGUCCGAUGCCGAGCGCCGCCGCGAGCACCAGGCCGCCGCGCUCGGGGCGACGCUGCCCGCACCAUCCCUGCGAUGCGCCCACCUCCAAGCCGGCGGCGAUGGCGAUGUCCGCGAGGCCCUGGGCGCGAGGGAGGCGAUGGCGACCAGCUGAAGCGGCGGCGCCGUCAUCCUACACCGGGAGGCGGCGCCUGGUGGCGCACGAGGCUGCGGGACGCGGAAGGGGGAGAAGCAAGGGAUGUACUGUUCGAGGAGGCGGGGCGCGGAGGGAGAGAGCAGUGGAGGUGCUGACGCUGACGCCGCGGCGCUUCAUGGAGGUCAACUAGGAGGUGGACGAGGCCUUGCAGCUCGCAGCCGACCUGCUCGCCGAUGCGCCAAUAGGGAUCCGCUCGCCGGCGGGGACGCCGUUUUCUUCUAGUGAUGUGCGGAUGGUGAACUGCUCGCCGGGAUUCACCCCGAGCCCAGGGAGUGGGAGUAUCGGGGAUAGGAUAUGUGCAUCGAGCAGAGGGGUCUGGUGUUCACUUCAGGUUUCUUGCCUCAGUCGGAUCAAUUCUGGAGUCCUUGAUCUCCUCGUCCUUCAUCAACAGCUUUACGUGGGAAGGUAUUGGAUAUUACUAAAAGUUUAGGAGAGCAAAUGUAUGAUAGACAAAUAUGCAAAAUAAGAAUGAACUCUUUUUUAGUUGUUCGGUAGCACAUCAUACACUGAUUGCACUGAAACAGGAAUUGCUAGACUAUUGAUGGAGAAGAUCAUGUGUCCCCUUUUUUUAUGUUGUCUAGCAGUGACUUGGGAAUUUGUUUAGUAGUGACAUGCCAAUUUGUUUGACUUUAGAUUUCUGGUUCACAUGGGUACACAUUGGGUACAUCUUGACAAUAUUUUUUCUGGAAUAGUUUCUUUUGAGCAUGGCAAAUUGUGUAGAACAUGAUAUUUAGUACAAUAUGGCAAAUUGGCAACUAGUGUGUAGUGUUUAGCACUGUUUAGUGUUGUUUGUCCUCCUGCGAGAAUUAUAUUCAGUAAUUUGCCAUGGCAUUUGUCCUCCUGUAUUUAGUCUGUAGUGCAAAUUUUGUAAACUUGCCAUGUGAUCAGUACAUACAAACUCUAGCUUUGAAAUGAAUCAUGAAUAGAAUUUUCUCUAGAUUUUGCCAUGAAUCAGAAGUAUAUAUUGUUGAACACUGUUUUGCCAUGGCAAAAAGGAUUUUAUAGCUUUUGGCAUGCCUCUAAUAUAGCUUUUUCCAUGUCACCACUAUAACUUUUGGCAUGACAUACACAUAUUUUUUUUUACCAUGGCAAAUUUGCUAAUCUGUUUGCCAUGCCUCUAAUAUAGUUUUCGCCAUGUCACCACUACAACUUUGGCCAUGUUCACAUGGAGUAGUAAAAAUAAAAACAAAUUUGAGUUGAUUGUAGAAAUAUGUGUUUGUUUCCCUUUUUUUGACUUUGUAGGAUUGAUGAUGACCACAUUAAGCAUUGCAACUUUUAACAGAUUUGAUUUUGCUUUUGUACUUACUACUGCAAAUCCACCCAGGUAAUUUUGCCAUGUCAAUUAACAUGCAGUAUGUUUGUGCCAUGGCAAAUUUGCAUUCUUUUUCAUUUCAUUUACACGGCAAGUCUUCAAAACAUUUUAGUAUUCCCUCCAUCUCGAAAUAUAUCUACAACCUAGAAAAUUACCUAAAAACUAAUUACUUAUUUUAAACAGAAAGAGUUACUUUCCCACCACCUAAUUUAGGUGUACUGUUUUUUGCGCCAAUAUUUUUUAACCUCCCGCUAAAAGGUCCCAAAUUAGCGUCUUUGUUCCCACCAAAAAAUUAGCUUCCCGCUAAAUACCUUCCUAACAACCCACGAAUAUAUAAUUCUAGACCAAACGACGGCGUCUUCACGGGCGAUUGGAUCUGAGCUCUCGUCUCGGUUCAUCUGUGCUGCCGGCGUCAUGACGGCGUCAACAGAGCGAACCACGUCAGGUGCACGGCGUCAGGUUAGUCCUCCUCCCGAUCUCCUCCAUCGCUGAAAAAUCCAGUCCUCCUCGAUCUCCCCCUCCCCCCUCUCCUCUGCGCCCGCCUCCGUCCGGGAUCAAACCCCCCUCCCCCACGAGCUCCUCAUCGAUGCGCGGCUCUCUCGAUCCUGAUCCAUUCAGAGGGGCUGCCCCUUCUCUCCUCCGAUCGCCGCUUGGCCGUAGAAAAGAAGUCAGGGCAGGGGACAUGCCGCCGCCGGUGGCAUUUUCCCAUCGCGCCUCGAUUUGGCCGCCUCGGCGGAGGCGCUCGCGGCCUGGAGGGUCGGCGCAGCGCCUCACCUUGGCCUGGAGGCUGGCCGCCAUGGAGCUCGCCUCGGCCUUGAACUGGGGCUCGACGGGGCCUCCCGGCCCGGUUCAUGGCUGCAGCCGUCUCGGCUGUGCACGCCGGCGUCGUGACAUGGUGGCCAGGCGCUGGUUACUGCCGCACCCGACCCCAGCGUGCCCGAGGUGCCUGCAGGCCUCUCCACCAUCUCUGCUCCUGUUUCGCUCUGUUUCCUCGUGGACGCCAAAGGGGGUCGUGAGCAUUAGAUUGGUUUUUGAGCAUUAGAUCCAUUAACUGAAAGAUAUAGACAUACUCUGUAAUCUGUAUGUGCAAAGCUAGCUAGCUUGCAUUUUUAUUAGAUAAGUGCCGGCUUUCUGAGUUCAAUCCCCUAACUAAUAAUGGUGCCAAAUACCAGGUUUUUUUUCUACAUACAUGGAUGCUUUCAUGAUCCACUUUACAUUUGUUUCCCCCUGGGUUCAGUCCGAAUCUUUACAUUACACUUAGAAUCCUACCAUCACCGUCACUGUCACUCUGCAUACAACAUUAAUUCUUAUAUCUGAAUCAGGUUGAUUAGCUUUCGAUGUAAUAUUAUCCGGCUUGCCUAAAAUAAAUCCACAUUCUUACACUCUGGUUUCUUCUUAUACAUCCUACAGUCACUUUCUUAUAAAUAUUUUUUAGCAAUUAGCGUAGAUCGAGAUGAGUUUCUUUCAACACAUUUUAAGACAUAAUGUCAUAUAUUAGAUGUUAUAUGUGCGUCAACAGAGCAGAGCAUUCAGGUUUAAUCAUCAUCUGCAUUGCAUUUGAUUCAGAUUACUAUAAGCUGAUUUUUAAUAGAUAUUUGGUCUUACAUGAGUCACAUUGCAUUUUUUUCCUAUAGAUUCAGAGUAGUAUUUUCAUGAACCUAUCACUGAUACUUUGCCUUUCAUGUUCAUUCACAUAUGUCUGGUUUACCCACACAAGAGCACAAUGAUGAAUUUUACGGAGGAUGCUCCUGUAAAGAAAGGCUCUGUUCUCUUAACAAGGAUGGAAAGUAUAACGGCAUACAAAAACCAACGUGGACAACCCAAAUUUGCAACUCCAGAACAAUCUGACAUUCCAGUGUCUGCUAAUGACAUGUGUUCCCUUGCUGAAUGGCCAUCCCAUGCUCGCCGCAACUGUGCGCGACUACAGGAUGCUGGUGGACAGAAGAAGAAAGGGCGAGGUGUUCUAAAAGGUUUUAAAGCUAAAUAUUACAUUCUCUGAAAAAUUGGGUGGUACAGUAGGAAUGAACUAUCGCUCGUUCAAGGAUGACGUGGUUGUCAUAAUGAAAAGAAAGUUACCACUCAUUGGAGUGAGGACGUGGUCGGACAUUCACCCUACCAUUCAUCGACUCAUUGUUGCAGAUAUAAUAGACAGAUGGGACCUGGAAGAUACACUAGAAACAGAAGAAAAAGUUUUCAAAAUUGCGAAAGAGAGAUAUAGAGGCUGGCGAUCAACUCUAAGCUCCACUUACAAGGAAUACAAAACAGAUGCAACUAGAUUGGCUAAUCUGCCUGAAGAUUUACAACCAGAAGAGUGGGAAUGGAUGAUUGAGUACUUUGGCACUGAUUCAAAAUUUCAGGAACGCAGCCAAAAGAACGCUGAUAACCGUAAGAAACAGAAGACAAAACAUAUAAUCGGAUCAAAAUCUUACUCACAAGUUAGUUUCGAGAAGAGAAACUUAGAAACUGGAGAAGAGCCAGAUUGUAUUACUCUAUGGGAAUUCACCCAUACAAACAAUGGAACAUGGUCUAACACAGAUUCCCAGAAAGUUUACGACCAAGCACUUGAAGAGGUUAAAAACAAAGAAGCUGAAACUGAAGGUCCACUUUCAAGUGAGCAGAAAAACAAUGUUUUCCAGACUGCUUACAAAGACACUCUGGAAUGCAAGUCAUCGCAGCCUCGUGGGUACGGAUACAUGGCCAAAACUUCAACUGGUUCUGAAAAGUUCCGUAUCCAGAUUGAAGAGCAAGCUCGUGCUACAGCAGCCACCCAGGAGCGAAACUCUCAGCUCAGCCAGCAGGUCAAUGAUUUAGAAGAUCAACUACAAGCUGAACGUGCUAACACACAAGAGAGGAUUAACUUGGAGCGUGCUGAGAGAGAACAACUUGAGGAGAGGUUAAAACAAGAGCGUGCUGAAAGGGAAAGAUUGUUGCAAGAGGAGCGAACAUCAAGACUGGAAUUUGAAAAAACAUGAUGGCAAAGUUUGUAGAAUUGAGCAAACAGAUGGAAACCCAACAGGUUCCUACGAAGAGGGUUGACAAAGAAAAUAGUAAUCCAAACUUGCAAAAUAUUCUUUCACAGACAUCUAGUCCUAAUAAGACUCCAGAUUCAAGGCCGACUGCUAUUUCUUCAAAUGCGCUCAUACAAGCUGCAGCAAGGCAAUCUCGAAUGUAUAAAGCAAUGGAUCCAAAGAACUAGCUGGACUGGACUCUAGAUCACAGGCAGUUUAGUCUUCGAAGUUAAUUAGGAUGGCUAAAUUACAUUUGAGUUUUAUUUGAUGGAUAUUUUCUGUCAGAAGUAUGAAUUGUAUGAAUCUACAUAUUAUAUAUAUGGUUUUGAAUAUUGUAAUUAAAACCCUGUAAUUUUUUUUAUGAUUGCAAUAGACUAUUACCACAACCCAUUUUUGGUUGCCACAUGCUAGCACCACUAAAAAUAUAGUGUUGCAUCAUAUCUCAGUUGCUA